GAGGAUCAGGACCGUCAUUUUUGUUAUCUUGUUUUAUUGCCACCACCGAUCCAAGAACUGAUCAUCAUUUCGUGUCUGCUUCGUCUUUCAACCCCCAAACCCUCUCCUUUUUUUCUUUCUCCUUUCCUUCACGGCACGGACUGGAGGCUUUGUGUCUUCAACUAACAACCGACCCUUUUUCCUUUAGUCUCUUUUUUUUUCCUCUGUUUUCUUUAUCUCCCUGUUCCGGUUUUAUAUGUUGGAGUCGGUAAUCGUACCGUUUAGCGCUUCUUUGUUCUCUCUCUUUCUCUUGCCUAUAAACACGUUUACGAACGUUUCUCUCCUCUUCUUCUAACCACCUCGAUCGCAGUAAUAACAAAACAGCGAUCUUCUCCUUUGCUUUGCUCUCUUGGUACUGUACAAAUCGUCAAGCGUUCUCACCCCGAUUCUCUGCGUCAGUAUAGAUAUGUAUUAUUGACGUUAACUUUGGCUUUCCAAUUUUUCCUUUUUUUGGUAAGUCGUGCGAAUACCCACGACGAGGCUGUAAAAAAACCGAAAGGAGACGAUAGGGCAUUUUUUUGUGUUGUCAAUCAACAGACAACUUUUUCCGGCUGCGAGUUUUUUCCGUUGCUGUGUAGAUAUAUAGGUUUUAAGUGACCGGCCUAUUGGACAGCAAAGAGGCGUUUGUUACGGCUUGCGCUGUCAAGCUCACCGCGAUUGUCCAGGUAUUCGCAAAACCAGCGGACAAUCGCAGAAUUGUUUUCAGCGAAUGUGGGUGGGAAGGUGCAAUCUGCAUCGUUAAGUUCGUUUUUUUUUUCUUCUGUAUAACUUUGUGUCGAGCCUUCUUGUUCUCUGUUUAUCCUCUUUGUUUUUGGUGGUUCGUGCUCAGUUGUUGUGUGGCAGCGAGCUGCACCUUUGCGUGUACUGUGACAACAAGUGCGCAGGCAGGCAAGUAGAAAGGCAGAACGCAGUAGGAAGGAAAUAAAGAACGAACGCCAUCGGCAACCGCACAUCUCUGUUUGUGCGACUUCUUUUUCUGUUUGUUUUUGCUUCGCUUCUCGUUUUUAUUAUUUUGUUUUCUGAGGAUGAAGUCGCUCACGACGCCUCGCACGGAUGCCUUGGCGGUGGUGCACGACAUGUCCAUCGACGAGCUGCGGCGCGAGUACGUCUCGCUCAAAAGCGCUGGGUACUCGCUCAGUGUCGAAGAAAUCCACUUGCAGGACAAGAUUGAAGUGCUGCGGGAGGAGUCGGUGCGGGCCGAGCUGAACGCGGAGAUGAAAGAGGAGCAGAUGUCGAACCAACUCUUCCGUCGCCUCGACGGGGCAGAGAAGGAGGUGCAGCACUACAAGGCGAUGCUGCGGGAGGAGGAGAGCGAGGCGGAGGCCCUCACAUCGCGCAUUAAAAAGAUGCGCAACGAAAAGAACGAAGUCGAGAACGUGUUGGAGGAGCGGCAGGAGUACUUGCUGAUGAACCUGCAGCGCAAGCUCCUGGAGACGGCGCGAAAGAAGACCUCCGUCGAGCAGGAGCUUAUGCAAGAGCAGCAACGCUAUUUGGAAGUGCUGGUGACGAAGCUAGACGCCUUACGCGGUCGCAGCACAGCAGGCAACGCCGACGCCUCGAGUAGCGUGCGUCCGCCUUCUGCUGCCCCAGCGAGUGUGUUGUCGUUGUCGGGCACCGCCAGCACUGCAGCACCAGCAGUGCAGCCCGUCUCCUCCCUGACAAAGGAGAGUCCCACCGAGGCUGCUACGCCAGAGAAGGCGUCACGCGAUGAUGCAACCCCACCAGUUCCCGUGGCGCACCGAGCUUCCUUCUCCUUUAACAAAGGACCAGCGAAGGAUGCCUCACUUUCCGGCACGCCACACUUGAUGGCCACCACACCCAGUGCGCGCGCGAGUCUCUCCGGCACUCCACGAUCGAGCGAGUCGACCCCGCUGUCCUCGCACCCGUCCGAAACUCAUCAAGCCGUCGUCAGCCUCGAGCGGAAGCUGAAUCAGCUGCUGCUCGAGCAGGCGAGCGCCAUGCAGCGCACUUCGGCAACGGAGAAGGAGUGCGCAGAGCUGGGGGCGAAGCUGCGAUCGGUGCAGGAGGCGACAUUCCUUGUCCGCGCCCGCGCCGCCAAACUGAAGGAGGAGCUGAAGGAAGCACGCGCACGGCUUGCCGAAGCGAAUUGCAACGCGGCCAUCACGACCGCCGUUAGCAACACCUCUUUCGACGACAGCUUGUCGAGCGGCGCCAACCUGCGCUCUGUGGACCCGAGUGUUUCCAUGUCGAUGAGCAACCUUUCGCUGCGUGAGCGUACGCGUGAGCUGCUCUCAUCGAUUCCGCCGCCGCCGAUGAACUAG